CAAUUCCUAUUGCAUAAUGGAUGACUUCCAAAGCCCCUCGACCAAAUUUUAUCGCUCUCUCCGUAUUUGCCAGAAUAUCCACAUUAAUAACAGCUUAUAAUCCUGGUGCGCGCCUACUCCUCGUGCGAAGCCCACUAGAGCGAAAAACAUCGGUCAAAACGAUCGUGUGCGGAAAAUUUCCAAUUCAAAUAAGUAACGUGAAUUAUGAUAACAUGAAGGAAUCGAAUCAUGUCAGUUCAAACGGACAAAAAUCAUAUGUUGGCUCCGUUGAAUUGAACAAAAUUAACACUAAUUCUAACACCGAAAUGUUCGAUUCGAAUGAAUCAUUGUGCAGUGGUGUUUCUGGUGGGGCUGCUUGUUGUGGUGGACACUUAUCAUCUAGGAGAUCUUCGGAAGAGUUCGAUUCUAAAGGAGAUAUUUUCGACUGGAAAACACAAUAAUACACAACUGAGGAGGCAAGUUUCUUGACCAGCCAGGGACUUCAUUGCUUCAUUUGCAAACUGCGUCCUCGUCUGGAUAUUAAUGUUUCAGUUGCCAGAAUACUGUAGGGAAAGGUCAGGUUCCUUUUCAGGAUUCAGCGAAGACCUAGCAGAUACAGAACCUGUAGACAUAUUUCCUAGUCUACCAGACCAUGUUUUGGAAGAGUUGGGACUCACCAGAGACCAAGCGAGAAAGCUUCAAACAGAGGAAGAAAUGGAACAACGCUUUGCCACCCUCUCCUUAGCCUUCUCCAUAGACUCAAACACAAUAACAGUCCGAUGUGAAAGGCAGAGAAGAUACAGGAAUCAAACUGAGGAUAAUCUAGCUGAAGAGAUUGGAAGACUGACACAAAGGGUGAACAAUUUGACCAAAUUAUGCGUGAAUAUGGAAACUACAGAAUUGCUAGCUUCGUUGCUGGCGCAGAUAGAGGUUGUAACAAACGCAUCCACCUUGGCGGCAUCAUCUGCUGAGAGAUAUGGUGCUGUUCAGCAUGAGGAGAGACUAUCUGAGGCGGUAAAGUUGAUGAUUGACUACGUGAAUCUACUGAAGCAGCAAAGGGAUCUAAGUCGUAAGCAGUUGCAAUACACGAAAAAAAUGUUACAGAGUAGUACUAGAGGAGAAAAUUCACCAAAACAUGAGAGAGGAAUUCAUAUUGCAGAAUUUUCGACCAAAAGAAGAGCUAGUAUAGCACUAGCUACGCUACCAGAACAAAGGAAUUCGGAAAAAAGUUUUUUGAGGAGGACUUCUGAACUGACCUUUAGGACAAGUGCCAUACAAAAAUUGGCCAGACCAAGUCGCAUGGACUUGGGGGUUGAUCUGAACAAAAUAAAAGAAGGCAUGGUGGAUGGAAAUACUUAUGACUUCUGCGAUUCUCAAAGUGAGAAGAAUACAACAAGCUGUGAUAAUUCUGAUGAACCUGACAAUGAAGAAGAAGAAGUCUGUACAAGAAUACAAAAGAAAAAUUGCUUCGAUUCUCUCCAAAAUAAUAUCAUGAAUACCUAUCAACGUUGGAAUGAAGAGGGAUACCUAUCGCAAAUAUUCCAAGUUUGUUCUACAUUUUGUUUUUGUUUCGCUUUAAUAAUUAUGUCAGAUGUAUUAUUCGAAUUGGAACUUAGUAAAACAUAGUUUGUAGUAUCAUAUUCGAAUAAAGAUGGUUAUCGAUUUUAA